GAGAGAGAGGAUUCUGCCCGGAGCGUGGUGUACACAUUCCCACACCUCACUAUCCAAGAGUUUGUAGCUGCAGUCGCACAUUUCCUGACUCCACAUCCCGGGGAUAUCCUGAAAUUCCUCACUGAAGCCAACAACACGACAGAUGGGCGAUUUGAGGUAUUUCUCCGUUUUGUUGCUGGUCUCUCCUCCCCAAUGACAGCUCGGGGCCUGGAGGAGUUUCUGGGUCCAUUUCCUCAUCAAACAGCCUGCCGGGUGAUUGACUGGGUGAAGGAGGAGGUUAAACGCCAGAGUAGAAACACAUGGAGUGAAGCUGGUAAAAGGAGCCUCCUGAACACAUUUUACUACCUGUUUGAGUCUCAGAAUCGUGGGCUGGCUCAGGACGCACUGGGAUCUGUGGAAACGCUUUCAUUCCGUGGAAUGACACUGACCCCGAUUGACUGCGCGGUCCUGUCUCAUGUCAUCGGAUUCUGUGAAACAAUAAAACACCUCGACCUGGUUGGCUGCCACAUUCAGUGUGAAGGAAUCCAGAGGCUGGGUCCCGGGGUCCACAAGUGCCAGGAUUUGAGAAUUGAGAUGAAUGAUCUGGGAGAUUCAGGAGUGAAACUGUUGUCGGUAGCUUUGAGGAAACCGGAGUGUAAAAUACAGAGACUGGGGCUGAAGAAGGUCAGUCUCACAGAUUCUGGUGCCGAGGAUCUCGCCUCCGCUCUCAGUACAAACACAUCACUGACGGGGCUGGACCUGAGUGUUAAUGAACUGGGAGAUUCAGGAGUGAAACUGGUGUUCGCGGCUCUGAAGAACCCAGGGUGUAAAAUACAGAAACUGGAGCUGGACACUGUCGGUCUCACAGAUUCUGGUGCCCAGGAUCUGGUCUCCGUUUACAGUACAAACCCAUCACUGAGGAAGCUGGACCUGAGUGGUAAUAAACUGGGAGAUUCCGGGGUGAAACUGGUUUCUGCGGCUCUGAGGAACCCGGAGUGUAAACUGCAGAGACUGUGGCUGAAGGGUGUCGUUCUCACAGAUUCUGCUGCGGAGGAUCUCGCCUCCGCUCUCAGUACAAACCCAUCAUUGACGGGGCUGAACCUGAGUGAAAACUCUCUGACAGACCGAUCUAUCCCCGCUCUCCGCCGCCUCAUACUGACCCUCCCGAUUCUGGAGCGGAUCUGGCUGUGGGAGAAUCGGUUCACUGAGAGCGGGGAGAUGGAAUUGAGAUCUCUGCAGGGAGUCAGACCGGGACUGACAGUCAACAUCUGAAUGUGUGAACAUCCCCGCCCGCGUGCCGGGGACAUUUUGGCCGGUUUCCCGCCAUCCCCUUUAACUCCCGCCCUUACCUUUAAUGGCCGCGAGCUGGGGAUAAUUCCCAAUGGUUUUAACGGAACAGGCUCCAGUCUCCAGCUCGGUGAUAUCGAGAAAUAUGUGACGAAUAUCGGGAAAUCUGUGACAUAUUUCCGCCUGUUUUCCGGCGUCCCAGCUUCCCCUGGAUGUGCGUGUUCGAGGCUCCCCCACGUGACACCCCGGUGAAUUACAUAAACAGGGAGAUCCCGGGGGCCGGGGCUCAGUCUGGGACACCAACGACCCGGGGUGGGAUAAUCCCGGGAGAGAAUCCUUUUGCUCCCUUUGCUGAGGACGGUGCAUUCGGCAGUCUGGCCGAUAUAAUGAUGUUAAAUGGACCAAUCCCUUAGCAGUGAUCCUGGCUCUGCAGCGAUCCCGGACACAGCCCUGAAGUGUGAUGUUAUAAUCAUCGGUUCCCCGAUACAGAGUGACGGUGAGGAACGGGACUGGUUAUUCAACUGGUCACUCGUUGUCGCCGCUCGGUUAAUUGUGUGUGACUGUGAUUGAGUGGGGAGCACCUGAUUUAUUCCCGCAAGUCAGCAGCUCACAAAGUAUUUAAUUUAUAAUUGUCAUGAUUAAUUCAAUAAA